UUUUUUUUUUUCCCGACUUCCCGGCAGUGAAAACCUACUACUCCAUCACCGAUUGACGACCAUAUAUUUGAUUGGAGCCAAGACUCUGGUUCUGCACCUCUUCAACCAAGCUUCUUGUACUCUCGUUUCAGUGGAGCAAAACGAAGGUCUGUAAAAAUGGUGAUGCCUCCUCUUUCUUUCUUCAUCUUUUUCUUCUUCUCCAUUUCUGCCGCCGUAUCAUCCGGUUCUCUGCCUCAACCUGCUCCAAAAUCCUUAACCAUCGGCUAUAUUCAGAAAGCGGGAGAUUGCAACUACAGGGUCAAUAUAACAACAAGCUGCUCAUCCCCUUUCCAUAUUACUGCUGAAAUCGGUGUUCUGUUUGGGGAUGCGCAUGGAAAUCAGAUAUAUGAGCCAAAGCUGGAAGUUGAAAGCAGCAAAGCACUUGCAAAAUGCAGCAAAGACAUUUUUGAACUGACAGGGCCAUGCACAGACCAGAUAUGUUUCUUUUACCUUUACAAGAAGGGGUCCGACGAUUGGAUUCCAGAGACUGUAGAAAUCUCCAGCCCUGAUAUUGACACUGUUAAAUACAAAUACAACUCCUCAAUCCCAGAGGACACAUGGUAUGGCUUUGACGACUGCCAAUACUUCACAUCGCCACCGCCACCGCCACCAUCUCCGCCAGCCCCCUCCACAGCCGGCCAUCAGCGGAGGUUGAAGUGGCUUGCUUAUGUGAUCCCUGUGCUUCUUAGCAGCGCUGUGCUAUGAGUGUGAUUCUGCAUCUUGGCCAUGGGCGUGGUUGUAUUUUUGAUCCACCGCUGUGCCUGUAUUUGCUUUGUGUUUUUUGAAUCUCUUGAUGAUCACAUCAAGGUCAAAGGAAUGUAGUUCAUCUUUGAUAUGCAGAAUGGGAUUUGAUGGAGGAAUAUCUGUUAUGAUUGAUACCUUUUUCUUUCU